AUGUACUCACAUAUUGAAUCUGAAGGGACUGCGGUCACUAUCGCUCAUUUCAAGGCACAAAACUUGCCAGUCGUCGAUCGCAUUCUUGAGCCUCAAACUAUCGUCCAUUUCCUUGAAUUUGCGCUUGGUGACGAGCCUCUACCAAAUGGUAAACAACCCGAUAUCGAGCGCAUGUCCGUGGAUGAAGCUCCCGUCAUCCAACCGGACCAGAACUUCCCACCGGACUCCAAUGGCGAACCCAUCAUGACUAGUAUCAUGGCCCGUAUUGGAUCCACACGAGAUUUCAGCCGUCUCUGCAAGGUCGGGCAUAAUAUCGAAACCCUCAAGACCCGUCUAUGGGAGGGUAUCAUCCCCCUGAGCGAUCAAUUAUGGCAGGAAAAAAGCCUUGACAGCCCAGAACAUUUUGAUAUGGCUUGUCAACAUCUAACAGCCGUCAUCGCUGUGUUCCAGUAUUUAAAUGAACCAACUGUGCGAUUGUAUCUUCGCGACACGUUCAAUUACAUCUACGACCAUUGGACCGCGCUUGACACCGUUCUCAAUAAACGCAGGGAGGAACAAGGCAAAAAGCGCGUCAGUGUCGCGGCUCUCUGGACAGCUUACAUGGUUGCACAUUUUGAGAUGAUGACCGAGCGCGCCCAUCGAUGGAUUACUGUGCAUGUGAAUACUCUGCGCGCUCCAUUGUUGCGAGCGCUUUUGGAGCACCGACGACCCGGGGGAGAUGGCCUAGGUGGUGAACCUGAUGCUGUGCAGUGGAAGAUUGCUGAUUCAUUGCACAUGCUGACUGAAAUCACCGGCCAUGCUGAUUUCACUAUCAUGAUCCCUAUGAACGGUUAUAAGGGGUACUUCGCGGAUCCCCCGCGGAUGGGUCCGGCCGCACUUCAUGCGGCGAAUUUGCUUACCAGAAGCAAAGCAUAUCAUGAACGUCUGAAGCUGCUUACUCGGGAAGCCCUCCCCCGUAAUGUAGCUGAGUUGAGAGGUUUGACUCCUACGUCCGGACAGGGGUAUCAUGCGACAAUCCGGAGCCAGAUUGAAGGUCAGAACAAGUUGCGAAAAGAGGUGCGUGGUGCGCCUCUUGAACCUGUUCCGCGUGAGCCUUGGAUUGUUAGCACCGUUUCAAGGAUAGAGUCUGGAAAGAAACAGGGAAAGGCGGAAAAGUAUGGGUUGGCUGUGUAUCGGUUGACAUACGGGCAGACGGAGUCUGAAUGGACUGAAUUCGUUCGCAAAGUGGAAUCCCAUGUUUCGGAUUGGGGCAAAGGCCAAACUGGAAGCAGUGCGGUCAAGCAGCAUUUAAAGCUUCACUGGCUGGAUGGAAAGGAAUUGAAUAUUUCAGAGGGUGAUAUCGAUGCAGCUAAGCAACACUUCAAAACAAUCAAAGACGGCAACGACGACUGGUCAAAGCUACAAUGUCACGCUUUCCUUGUCGUUGACUCUGCAUCCUUCGCCUCAUAUACCACCAAUUUAUACAGUCCCGCAACAUCCCAGCUCAACCCCGGCGACUUCACCGGUUUCCUCCUCGCCGUCGACCCAAUCUUCGACCCGAAGGAAGGUAUUCAACGACCCGAUGAGUCACCAGGCUACAGCGGCCAGAUGCGAAUUCUCGGAAGCCUGGUAUGGGGCGAUCUAUAUUCCCUGCAAGCAGCGCAGGCAUUCCUGCUCGAAGACUACUGGCCAUUAGCAUGCGAGCACCCAAACAUGGUAUAUGUCGGUCCAACAAUCCCAUGGCAGCGAUUCAUCUGGAGGCAUCACAAUGAGAUGCGCUGGAAUCUCCUUCGAGCAGUGAUAGACCAUGUAAAGCGCAAUCCGGAGAUGCCAGCAAUGCCAUCAGCCCAAGCCCAAGCUCGUGCUCCACCUCCAACCACGACCACAGCUGGAUCCCCAGACACACCACAAACACCUCCUAUGCCCUCAUCGACACCACCUGCAGAACAAAGUCCCCUUAACUCCGCCCUCCGCGCAUAUAUGCUCACUGAGUUCCAGCGCUACCUGCGCCAUCAGGGUCAACCACGCCAGGCGGCUAUAGUGGAUGAAUUGCUUCAUCUUCAACCGGGUGAGGAGCCGGAUGGAGCGCGGAUUCGACAAUUAGUAGACGCUGAGGAUGAGCGACAAGAGCAGCGGAGACGAGAUGGGUUGGGUGAGGAUGAGGAGACUUUGGAUGAGUAUGAGCCACAGUGUCCGUUGCAGUGA